GACCAUGGCUCCCGCAGAAGAGGCGGAGAAAGGAUCUCCAGCGGUGGUGGGGUUGCUGGUCGUGGGCAACAUCAUUAUUCUGCUGUCUGGCCUGGCCCUGUUCGCGGAGACAGUGUGGGUGACAGCCGACCAGUACCGCGUGUAUCCACUGAUGGGCGUCUCAGGCAAAGACGACGUCUUCGCGGGCGCCUGGAUCGCCAUCUUCUGCGGCUUCUCCUUCUUCGUGGUGGCCAGCUUCGGGGUGGGCGCAGCACUCUGCCGCAGCCGCCCCAUGAUCCUCACGUACCUGGUCCUCAUGCUCAUCGUCUAUAUCUUCGAGUGUGCCUCGUGCAUCACCGCCUACACACACCGGGAUUACAUGGUGUCCACCCCGUCCCUGAUCACCAAGCAGAUGUUGACUUUCUACAGUGCUGACAGCGACCAGGGCCGGGAGCUGACUCGCCUCUGGGACCGCAUCAUGAUCGAGCAAGAAUGCUGUGGCACUUCCGGUCCCAUGGACUGGGUGAACUACACAUCGGCCUUCCGGGCGGUCACACCAGAGGUGGUGUUCCCCUGGCCCCCACUGUGCUGCCGCCGGACUGCCAACUUCAUCCCUGUCAACGAAGAGGGCUGCCGCCUCGGACACCUGGAUUACAUGUUCAGCAAGGGCUGCUUUCACCACAUCGGCCAUGCCAUUGACAGCUACACAUGGGGCAUCUCAUGGUUUGGCUUUGCCAUCCUGAUGUGGACGCUCCCAGUGAUGUUGAUUGCCAUGUAUUUCUACACCACGCUCUGAGCAACCGGAAGAGGAGGCCACGCACACGGAUGGCCACCUCCCUGCUCCCGGUGUCGCCCCUUCUCUUCCCUUCC